AUGGUACACAAUUGGAACUGCAAAAUGAAGCUUACGCUAGCUCUUCUGGUGAUAUCGGCCUUCGUGGCUGUUCAGGCUGCUCCUAGGCCAGAGCCCAACGUCAUCUCUAUUAGCAGUCAAUCCAGCGAGCAAUCCAGCAGUAGCAGUAGCUUCCAAAGUUCGAGCAGUAGCAGUAGUAACGGCAAAAGCAGUAGUUCAUCGAAAAGCUCAUCAAGCUCGUCUGAACAGGAAAAAUCCAGCUCGAAAAGUAUCAGCAUCGGAGGUGGCAGCAGUUCUUCUCGAAGCAGCAGCAGCUCCUCUAGCUCAUCAAAACAAGAAAGCGAAUCCAGUUCUAAAAGCAGUAGCGGAGGAAUAAGCGUCAGUAAGAGUAGCUCCUCAAGCGCUUCCAAAGAAGAAAGCGAAUCUAGGUCUAGAAGCAGCAGUAAUGGAAGCAGCUCCAGCAAGAGUAGUUCCGCUAGUGCAUCCAGAUCAGAAAGUGAAUCCAGGUCUAGAAACAGCAGUAAUGGAAGCAGCAGCAGCAAGAGUAGUUCCGCUAGUGCAUCCAGAUCAGAAAGUGAAUCCAGGUCUAGAAACAGCAGUAAUGGAAGCAGCAGCAGCAAGAGUAGUUCCGCUAGUGCAUCCAGAUCAGAAAGUGAAUCCAGGUCUAGAAACAGCAGCAAUGGAAGCAGCAGCAGCAAGAGUAGUUCCGCUAGUGCAUCCAGAUCAGAAAGUGAAUCCAGGUCUAGAAACAGCAGUAAUGGAAGCAACAGCAGCAAGAGUAGUUCCGCUAGCGCAUCCAGAUCAGAAAGUGAAUCCAGGUCUAGAAACAGCAGCAAUGGAAGCAGCAGUAGCAAGAGUAGUUCUGCUAGUGCAUCCAGAUCAGAAAGUGAAUCCAGGUCUAGAAACAGCAGUAAUGGAAGCAGCAGCAGCAAGAGUAGUUCUUCCAGUGCAUCCAAAGAAGAAAGUGAAUCUAGAUCUAGAAGCAGCGGGUGUGGUAAGAGCAGCAGUAAAAGCAGUUCCUCUAGUGCAUCCAGAGAAGAAAGUGAAUCUAGGUCUAGAAGCAGUAGUCACGGAAGCAGCAGCAGUAAGAGCAGUUCUUCAAGUGCGUCCAGACAAGAAAGUGAAUCAAAGUCUAGAAGCAGCAGUAAAGGAAGCAGUAGUAGUAAGAGUAGUUCUUCCAGCGCAUCUAAAGAAGAAAGUGAAUCCAGAUCUAGAAAUAGUAGUAAUGGAAGCAGUAGCAGUAGCAGCAAGAGUAGUUCCUCCAGUGCAUCCAGAUCAGAAAGCGAAUCCAGGUCCAGAGGUAGCAGUAGGGGAAGCAGCCACAGCAAGAGUAGUUCCUCAAGUGCAUCCAGAUCAGAAAGUGAAUCCAGAUCUAGAAGCAGCAGUAAGGGUAGCAGUAACAGCGAGAGGAGAUCCUCUAGCGAAUCCCGAGAAGAAAGUGAAUCUAGGUCCAGAAGCAGCAGCAGAGGAAGAAGCAGCAGUAGAAGCAGAUCUUCUUCUUGGAGAAAAUCUGAAGAAGAAGAAUCACGACGACGCUCCCACAGGGAUUGGAACAAAAAAUCCGGCUGCGGAUCUCAUAAGGGUAGCAGUUCAAACAGCAGUGGCUCAAGUAGUAGCAACUCGAACAGCAGCAGUUCCAACAACAGUAGCUCAAACAGUUCUGGAUCAAGUAACAGCAGCUCAAAUAGCAGCAGUUCUAAUAACAACAGCUCAAACAACAGUAGCUCCAAUAGCUCCGGAUCAAGCAACAGCAGUUCAAACAGCAGCAGUUCCAACAACAGUAGCUCAAACAGCUCUGGAUCAAGCAACAGCAGUUCAAACAGCAGCAGUUCGAACAACAGCAGCUCAAACAGCUCCGGCUCAAGCAGCAAUAACUCAAGCAGCAGUAGCUCCAACAACAGCAGCUCAAAUAGCUCUGGAUCAAGCAACAGUAGCAGUUCCAACAACAGUAGCUCAAAUAGCUCUGGAUCAAGUAACAGUAGCUCAAACAGCUCUGGAUCAAGUAACAGUAGCAGCUCCAACAACAGUAGCUCAAACAGCUCAGGCUCAAGUAGUAACAACUCCAGCAGCAGCAGCUCCAACAACAGUAGCUCAAACAGUUCUGGAUCAAGUAACAGUAGCAGUUCCAACAACAGUAGCUCAAACAGCUCAGGCUCAAGUAGUAACAACUCCAGUAGCAGCAGCUCCAACAACAGUAGCUCAAACAGUUCUGGAUCAAGUAACAGUAGCAGCUCCAACAACAGUAGCUCAAACAGCUCUGGAUCAAGCAACAGUAGCUCAAACAGCAGCAGUUCCAACAACAGUAGCUCAAACAGCUCUGGAUCAAGCAACAGCAGCUCAAAUAGCAGCAGCUCCAACAACAGUAGCUCAAACAGCUCUGGAUCAAGCAACAGCGGCAGUUCCAACAACAGUAGCUCAAAUAGCUCUGGAUCAAGUAACAGUAGCUCAAACAGCUCUGGAUCAAGUAACAGCAGCAGCUCCAACAACAGUAGCUCAAACAGCUCUGGAUCAAGUAACAGUAGCAGCUCCAACAACAGUAGCUCAAACAGCUCUGGAUCAAGCAACAGUAGCUCAAACAGCAGCAGUUCUAACAACAGUAGCUCAAACAGCUCUGGGUCAAGCAACAGCAGCUCAAACAGCAGCAGCUCCAACAACAGUAGCUCAAACAGCUCUGGAUCAAGUAACAGUAGCAGUUCCAACAACAGUAGCUCAAAUAGCUCUGGAUCAAGUAACAGUAGCUCAAACAGCUCUGGAUCAAGUAACAGUAGCAGCUCCAACAACAGUAGCUCAAACAGCUCUGGAUCAAGCAACAGCAGCUCAAACAGCAGCAGCUCCAACAACAGUAGCUCAAACAGCUCAGGCUCAAGUAGUAACAACUCCAGCAGCAGCAGCUCCAACAACAGUAGCUCGAACAGUUCUGGAUCAAGUAACAGUAGCAGUUCCAACAACAGUAGCUCAAACAGCUCUGGAUCAAGCAACAGUAGCAGUUCCAACAACAGUAGCUCAAAUAGCUCUGGAUCAAGUAACAGUAGCUCAAACAGCUCUGGAUCAAGUAACAGUAGCAGCUCCAACAACAGUAGCUCAAACAGCUCUGGAUCAAGCAACAGCAGCUCAAACAGCAGCAGCUCCAACAACAGUAGCUCAAACAGCUCAGGCUCAAGUAGUAACAACUCCAGCAGCAGCAGCUCCAACAACAGUAGCUCAAACAGUUCUGGAUCAAGUAACAGUAGCAGUUCCAACAACAGUAGCUCAAACAGCUCUGGAUCAAGCAACAGUAGCAGUUCCAACAACAGUAGCUCAAAUAGCUCUGGAUCAAGUAACAGUAGCUCAAACAGCUCUGGAUCAAGUAACAGUAGCAGCUCCAACAACAGUAGCUCAAACAGCUCUGGAUCAAGCAACAGCAGCUCAAACAGCAGCAGCUCCAACAACAGUAGCUCAAACAGCUCAGGCUCAAGUAGUAACAACUCCAGCAGCAGCAGCUCCAACAACAGUAGCUCAAACAGUUCUGGAUCAAGUAACAGUAGCAGUUCCAACAACAGUAGCUCAAACAGCUCUGGAUCAAGCAACAGUAGCAGUUCCAACAACAGUAGCUCAAAUAGCUCUGGAUCAAGUAACAGUAGCUCAAACAGCUCUGGAUCAAGUAACAGUAGCAGCUCCAACAACAGUAGCUCAAACAGCUCUGGAUCAAGCAACAGCAGCUCAAACAGCAGCAGCUCCAACAACAGUAGCUCAAACAGCUCAGGCUCAAGUAGUAACAACUCCAGUAGCUCCAACAACAGUAGCUCAAACAGUUCUGGAUCAAGUAACAGUAGCAGUUCCAACAACAGUAGCUCAAACAGCUCUGGAUCAAGCAACAGUAGCAGUUCCAACAACAGUAGCUCAAAUAGCUCUGGAUCAAGUAACAGUAGCUCAAACAGCUCUGGAUCAAGUAACAGUAGCAGCUCCAACAACAGUAGCUCAAACAGCUCUGGAUCAAGCAACAGCAGCUCAAACAGCAGCAGCUCCAACAACAGUAGCUCAAACAGCUCAGGCUCAAGUAGUAACAACUCCAGCAGCAGCAGCUCCAACAACAGUAGCUCAAACAGUUCUGGAUCAAGUAACAGUAGCAGUUCCAACAACAGUAGCUCAAACAGCUCAGGCUCAAGUAGUAACAACUCCAGCAGCAGCAGCUCCAACAACAGUAGCUCAAACAGUUCUGGAUCAAGUAACAGUAGCAGCUCCAACAACAGUAGCUCAAACAGCUCUGGAUCAAGCAACAGUAGCUCAAACAGCAGCAGUUCCAACAACAGUAGCUCAAACAGCUCUGGAUCAAGCAACAGCAGCUCAAAUAGCAGCAGUUCCAACAACAGUAGCUCAAACAGUUCUGGAUCAAGCAGCAACAACUCAAGCAGCAGCAGUUCCAACAACAGCAGCUCAAACAGUUCUGGAUCAAGCAACAGUAGCUCAAACAGCUCUGGAUCAAGUAACAGCAGCAGCUCCAACAACAGUAGCUCAAACAGCUCUGGAUCAAGCAACAGCAGCAGUUCCAACAACAGUAGCUCAAAUAGCUCUGGAUCAAGUAACAGUAGCUCAAACAGCUCUGGAUCAAGUAACAGUAGCUCAAACAGCUCUGGAUCAAGUAACAGUAGCAGCUCCAACAACAGUAGCUCAAACAGCUCUGGAUCAAGCAACAGUAGCUCAAACAGCUCUGGAUCAAGCAACAGUAGCUCAAACAGCUCUGGAUCAAGCAACAGUAGCUCAAACAGCUCUGGAUCAAGCAACAGUAGCUCAAACAGCAGCAGUUCCAACAACAGCAGCUCAAACAGUUCAGGCUCAAGCAGCAACAACUCAAGCAGCAGCAGUUCCAACAACAGCAGCUCAAACAGUUCUGGAUCAAGCAACAGUAGCUCAAAUAGCAGCAGUUCUAAUAAUAGCAGUUCAAACAGUUCUGGAUCAAGCAACAGCAGCAGUUCCAACAACAGCAGUUCUAACAGCUCUGGAUCAAACAGCAGCGGCUCAAGCAGCAGUGGCUCAAACAGCAGUGGAUCAAGCAGCAGUGGAUCAAGCAGCAGUGGAUCAAGUAGCAGUGGAUCAAGCAGCAGUGGCAAGAGUGUUUCACGUGGUUCAUCAUCAAGUAGCGCUGGUUACCAAUCUAGUAGCAGCAGUAGCCAAUCGUCUAGCAAAGGUAGCUCAACUAGCUCGCAGUCAAGCCAAGAAUCAGGAUUCCAGUCCAGCUCAAGCAGCGUUGAGAGGCGUAAUGCCGAUGGUAGCCAAAGCAGCAGCAGCAGUUCCAGCAGCAACGCCGCUCAGAGUAGCAGCAGUAGUAGUCAGACCAAGAACGCCGACGGUAGCCAGAGCCGCUCAAGCGCAAGCAACAGUGCUGUUUCACAAUCCAGCUCAAGUAGCAGUCAACAACGAAACGCUGAUGGUAGCCAAAGUAGCAGCAGUAGCUCCAAUAACAGCGCUGCCCAGAAUAGCAGCAGUAGUAGCCAGACUAAGAACGCUGAUGGUAGCAAGAGCAGCUCAACCUCCAGCAACAGCGCUGCAUCUCAAUCCAGCUCUAGCAGUAGUCAGCAACGUAGCGCUGACGGCAGCAGCAGCCAAAGCAGCAGCAGUUCUUCCAGCUACUCCAGCUCAUCAUCAUCUUCAUCAAGCUGGUCCAGCGAUUAA